CGCUAUUAACGCAACCAAAGACAAAAGCCGCAAAGGAUAUGCCACACUGCGAAACAAGUCUUCUUCUACCUCCCCACCUGAACCCAUUCCAUUCUCUCUCUCUCUCUCACUCUUUCUCUAGCUACCUACGUAAGUUAGCUAUACUCUCUUUCUUUGUCCCCCUACCCUGCCGACAAACAACAAGGACUCGGCAGGAGAUCAGAGACGAAAAGAUAGCGAAGAGUGAAAGAGAAGACCGAGCUCCGACCAUGGAGCCUGCCCCCAACACGCCACGAGGAGGGCCAGCGAGCACGCCGGAGGAAGCAGCUGGAACGUCGUCGUCAUCAGCUUCCGUUGAGAAGGCAGAAAAACAUGAGCAAGAAGCGCAGCCGCGGGAAGGAGGAGGGCAACAACAACAACUCGCAGUGCAGGCGGGGGGCCACCUGCAGCCGCAACCUCUGUCGCAGCAGCCACCCCCUCUCUCGGCGCCUGUACCUGCCGGUCUGAGCCGCUACGAGUCGCAGAAGCGGCGUGACUGGAACACCUUCCUGCAGUACCUAAGCAACCACAAGCCCCCUCUGACGCUGGCCCGGUGCAGCGGCGCCCACGUCAUCGAGUUCCUCAAGUACCUGGACCAGUUCGGCAAGACCAAGGUGCACGCCGACGGCUGCGCCUACUUCGGCCAGCCCAAUCCCCCGGCUCCCUGCCCGUGCCCUCUUCGCCAGGCCUGGGGCAGCCUCGACGCGCUCAUCGGACGCCUCCGCGCAGCCUACGAAGAGUCCGGCGGCCGCCCCGAGUCCAACCCCUUUGCGGCGCGCGCCGUGCGCAUCUAUCUUCGUGAGGUCCGCGAGGCUCAGGCCAAGGCGCGCGGGAUCCCCUACGAGAAGAAGAAGCGCAAGCGCGGGAGCGGGAGUGCGGGCCCUGUUGCAGCAUCACCUCCGGUCGUCACCGCUGAGGCAACGUCGGGAGGUGGGAAGGACGACGAGGACCAGCCAUCACGGUCUGCUGAGCAGCAUCAGCAGACAACGCCAGUGGUGUUUCCUACGACUCAAACUACAAGUAGUAGCGCCGGCGCUACUACUGCUACUGCAGCCACCAAGGCGACACCGACGCCGAGAGGGAAGGAACCGGCAGAAGGAUCGGCGUGAUAAGUGUAAAUCAUUAAUUAAUUUUUCCUUUUCAUUAUUCCAUCACACCGCCAAAUUCUAAUCCUGCACUGCACCAUCAAUCACAAUUUAAGUUGUUUAAUUGUUAUUAUAACUACUGCUGCUAUGAUUGAUUUGUUGGUAUGUAUUAGUAUACGAGAGAAACAGAGGUCCGUAGGAUCAUGCAUGUUAAUUAGAUUGUAUGGAGUACAAAUAUGAAGAACAUCCGUACGUGCACUAACUUGAACAAAAAUAAAUUAAUUUUCCGGAAACAAAGAAAGAUAACUCUCUUUGCUUCAUUUGGUAAGAUGAAUUAAGCUUCACUCUUCGUUGAUUUGAGUGCAAUAGGGCCACAUUGAUAUGAAUGUCUAGCCUAUGGUGGCUAGGUCCUACUGUGAUAAUCAAUUGAUCACCGUUCUCUUAGUGUGCCUGCCAUAUAGGAGUAUAAUCUUGUCUAUUAUUAUAUUCCGGCCUUCAGUUUUGCCUCCAUUUUCUUGGUCUCAUUCAUCACGAUAUCAGUCUCAGAUGACACUAUUCAGAAAGGGACGUGCAAUUCUGAUCUGUGGCUGCUGAGUCCUCAGUUUUAUAUAUGUAAUUUUUUUUUACAACAUUAGUUGUGAUGUCCUUGCAAAAGGAAAAUAUAAGAUUUUUUUGCUUUGACUUCGGGGACAAUGAGCAGUACUUUUAAAAAUAGUUUUAUGACUUAACAA